GAAUCUACAGUGAUAAUAGUGUGUAAUAGUGUAGUAAAACCUGAUGAUCCAUCAGGAUCAGAUCCAUCUGAGUGUCCUCUAACCACAUGCUUCAGUGGAAGAGAUAAGACUCAAGGAAGAUCUGACCUUUUGUACAUAGGUCUUAACAUGGUCAAUAUUAUAAAUUCGCUUAAAUUUAAAUAGAAAUAGUGCAGAAUAUUCAAUAGUCAAGAUCUUGAACAUUUCCCUGCUUUUUCUUUCUUUGUUUUAAAUUUCUCAAAAUUCAGACAGUUUCAGUAGUGACCAAGAAAUAGCACAGAAUACUGAAUAUUCAAAAUAUAAAAUACUGAACAUUUUCUUUUUUUGUUUUAAAUUUCUCAAAAUUAUUUCCUGUUAAAAAAAAAGAGACUUUCUGUAUGCUGAAUUCAUUGUGAAUUCAUGAAGUGUGAAUUUCAUAAAAAAAAAAUUUUAGUGAGAAUAUUUUGCAACAAAUUUCAGUCUAAAAAUCCAGGUUGUAAUGUUUAAGUCACCCUAAAAGGUCCAAGGAUGGUCCCCUGGAUAGACUGUGUAGGUCUCCUGGCUAGGGGUUAACCUAAAAUUUCUUCAGGCACUCUCUGGGCUUGAAGGGAAGUCUAUACCUCUUGGGUGCAAAUCAGCCUUAAAGUGCAUAUCAGUACCUAUAUAAAUCAGACAAUUUUUAGGUGUCAUUGCAUCAUUUUAAUAGCAACCUGUAUGUCAAUAGGUUAGCCUACUGACAGAUAAACAUUCACACCAUAUUUGUAAGUAUUUAUCUGGAUAUAACAUUGCAGAAGAGCAGUGUGUAACAUAUCAGGCUCUUACAGCAGAAAGCAUGAGCUAAGCUUCAGGACAUAUUGCAUAAUGAAAUCUUAGAAGCACGUGCUGUCACAUAAUCAGCAAAAGCAUGACUCUCUAACAAACUUUUACAUAUACAAACAGAACAGAUUUAUAGACAAUAUACACUUCCUGCUUAUGUUUAAGCUUAUUGCUGAAUCUUAGCAUGUAAAGAAAUUAGAAGUGAAAAAGCUGUUCGUGGUGCUAAGUGAAAGGGUUAAUGAGCUUGUGGGCGUGGCCACGGAGUGAAGUCAGAACCCCGGAACCUGAAUUACACAAUGUUUCCCAUUGAGGUGAGUGGUGUGUGUUGUAGUUAUACAGGUUUCGGCUGCUGUAAGUCAAGUUACACAGUUUAACACUGGUGUAUGCAGUGUGGAAGUGUAGUGUUUGGAGCUUGUAGGUGGGUGUAGAUGUUGGUGUAGGAGCUGGACAAAACUAAUCAUGUUUUAAAAGGCAGCUAGUCGAGUUAAAGGUUUUGCACAAGGGCUUGUUUUAUUAUUAUUAUUAUAAUUUUAUUAUUAUUUAUACAUAUAUAAAACAAUGGAUGCUUUGGAAGGAGCUGAAGGUGGAGAAAGCGUGUUGGAUUUGUCCCAUUUAAACUUAAACAGUGUGAACUUUGAGACUCUGAGUGAAAAACGGAGGACAGAAACAACCCAGCUUCACCUCUGCUACAACAGACUGGCGGCACUUCCGGUCUCCAUCAGCCGCUUCACGAGCCUCGAGUUCCUGGACGUGAGUAAUAACGGACUGUCGGUCCUGAGCGACGCUGUCACCGGUCUGACCAGACUCAAGACCCUCAUCGCCAAAAACAACCGCCUGGAUGAGUUCUCUCUGCCCAAAGACCUCAGCUCGCUACAGAGCCUCGAGGUGGUCAACCUCAGCGGGAACCGCUUCGAGGAGAUCCCCAAACAAGUGCUCCAGUUACAGCGGCUUCACUCACUGUCCUUCGGGGGAAACCGCCUCAAACACAUCCCUGCUGAGAUAGACAGCCUCACCAGUUUGGAGCUGCUGUAUUUGGGAGGAAACAUGAUCUCUUCAAUCCCAGUGGAGCUGGCCAACCUGCCUAUGCUCAGCUACCUGGCCCUGUGUGAUAACCGCAUCCAGAGCAUCCCACCACAGUUCACCAGGCUCCACUCCCUGCGUUCUCUCAGCCUUCAUAAUAAUCUCCUGACCUAUUUGCCGCGUGAAAUCCUCAGCCUAGUGCAGCUCCAGGAGCUGAGUCUCCGCGGCAACCCACUGGUCGUGCGCUUCAUUAAGGACAUGACCUAUGACCCCCCGUCGCUGCUGGAGCUGGCAGGUCGCACCAUUAAAACGCGUAACUUCCGCUACUCAGAGAAGGACCUGCCUGCGAACCUCGUCAAAUACCUGGACCUGGCCAGCAAGUGCCCUAACCCCAAGUGUGGAGGUGUGUACUUCGACUCGUGCGUGCGCCACAUCAAGUUUGUGGAUUUUUGCGGGAAGUACCGGCUGCCGCUCAUGCACUACCUGUGCUCCCCAGAAUGCACCUCUCCCUGCAGCUCCAACCCUCAGAGCGACGCAGACUCGGACGACGACCAGACCGUCCCACCCGAUCGGCUGCAGAGAGUGCUGCUGGGAUAGUGCACACACACACACACACACACACACUCACAGUCUCUCUCUCUCACCGGUGCUGCUUCUUCAAACGCACUGAAUUUCGUAGCCCAGCUGAUUCACUCUGUCAACUAACGCCAAAAAUGCUUUUUAUUUUAGCUCUAGUACGCUGACGCUGCCUUUCAGUACCGUUCUUAACAAACCCUCUGCGACUGCUCCAUCUCAAGAGCCGUUACGGUACUCAUUAGCUCCCGUGAAGUUUGGUAGAUGAGCCAUGCAUGGCGUGAAUGUAAAAUAAAGUUACUGCAGUCUGAUGACAUUCCUCUUUUUCCUAAAAAAAACCUUUAAAUUGCUGUAUUAAAAGUGCUAGCUGGAUUUAAAAAAAUGUACAAAUCAGUCUCAACUAUUAUGCUCAAAGGACAAAAAAUUUUAAUGGAUUUUUCUUCCUCAUAUUUGAUUUAAAGUUGUGAUAUUUUUUAGUAACAAUAACACUGAGCCUCAUUUAUCAACCUGUAUAUGAAUGAAUUUAUUCGUAAAUCAUUCGCACGCGCAUUUACAAAAGAAAUUUGGUAUUCAUGAAAAUCCCGUAAACUCUGAAAAACAUUCGUAUCUUACUCGUGCUCCUGAGUGUGUGUAAAUGCAUACGUAACUAAUGUAAACUUCAACUUGAUCGACUUCAAAUGAUAAAAUAAGCACAGGUUACUUUGAUUAUUUUUAUUAAGGUUACAGCAUUUAGCACACGCCCUUAUGCAGAGCGACUUAUAGAAGAGAUUUGGAGUCUCUAUCAAAAACACAUCCUCAUGCUUGUUCACCAGGUCGGGGACUAAGAGUACCAUCAAAAACAACACAAACCCAUAGAUUGAGACAAAUAAAACUAAUCAUUCAAUGAUGACAAAAGAAAUGGCGCUGUAAAACAGAGGACGCUGCCGGUCUGUCUGCGCAUAGCCAUAAGCCGUAAAGAAAUGCCUCAGCUGACAGAAGAUUUAGUGCUCGCUUAUUAUUAUUAUAAAUAAUAUAUAUUAUUAAAUAUUUUUAUUGGCAUACAAGUUAAAAUAACUUCCAUUUCUUCCUUUCAGGCUUUACCCUUUUAUGGAGUUUUGUGGGUGUCACUACAUGUAAAUGAGCUGUGUCGGGAACGCGAUAUGCACUUUACCCGUGAUCAACAUCACACACACUUGUGCGUACGAAGAAAAUCAGUCUUUCUGAAACUUUUGUAAAUCUGGCAGAAACAUUUUGUUCCAUUUAGCUUCCACAAAUUUACACACAACUUUACUGUAAGAUUGAUAAUGAGGCUCAGUGUUCAAACCCAUGGCAGUCUUCACAUCUUCUUGUAACUGUAGGCAUGUCUGUCAUUCGAGAUGCUCCAGUUGUCAUGGCGAUGAAAUGAUGUUCUUAAUUUCAAGAGCAGCAGCACGUUGGUGCUGAAAACGCUGGCCGUAGGUUUGGUAAUCGAAACUUAUGUGCAAACGUUUUCGGGAAUACACUCCAGCUUGCAUACACUCCGAAGUCAUGUCGGCGAGGGUGUGUUAAAAACCGUACUGAAACACCAUUUGAGAGAGCUGUCCUACACACACCUGAUAUCUCUGUGUGUCUUAACAGGAGGGACAUCCGUUCCCCUUCACUUUCCUCACCUGGUAACUCUGUAGCUUUGUGUUUCAGACUGAAACCUAACAGACUGCAGGGUUUUCUUGCUUUUUUCUGCCUGCUGAUGUUUUCUUACACCACUAGGGUCCACGUGGUGCUAAAAUCGUGUGACACUGGCAAUAAAGAAUCAUUAAAAUCGUUAGGGAUGCAUCAAUACCAUUUUUUAUACAUGUUUUUUUGGUACUCGUUAAUACUUAUACUGAUACCAGAAUGACUAACCGACUUCUUACUAAUAAUCAGGAGUGUUGUAUAACAUUUGUAUACGUUGGUGUUGUAUAACAUUAUUUAGCUCCGUUUAUGUUUUCUGCUUUAGAUAGUGGCCGUGAAAAGCGCACAAGUGUGUAUUCAUGCACUUACACUACUAGCCUUGGUCUUAAUAACGUUAGAUAGCUAGCCAGAUUUUAAAUGGAGUGUUGUUAGCUAGCUACAGUAGUUACCUUGGCUCUAGUAGGGUUUCAGUGGAGAAGAGUGGGAUUUGUUUCACUUUGGAGAAGCUCUUCUGUACAGCUGUUAGAAAUGUAUGGUUAAUUGUUUUAUUGCGUCAGAAUCCCUCGUUGUCAGCGGCUGAUCGUCAAGAGCAACAUACUGGCUAAGGGCUGUUAUUUUCACUUUUUUUUCUCAACUAACUAGUGUUUGCUGCAGUUUUGGUUACUCCUCAUGCUACAUGAGUUUACUUGUACUGUAGGAAGAUGCUGUAGUUUCUCCUCUUGAUAUUUUACACCCAGUUUGCAGUGCUUUGCUUUGGUCGCCGUCAGUAUUCAUGAAAUACGUUCAGAUCGCUGUCUUCUGUGUCAUCUGUUCAUUAGUGCGAUAAUGUACACUCAGAACAUUUUUCAAAUACAAGUGAACAGGCAUGGAAUCAGACGGAUACCAGCACUGGUAUUGAUGCAUCCCUAGUUUAGUGUUUUUUCUUGUUUGUUUGUUUGUUUGUUUAAAUCCUAGGUAGUAGUUUAUACCAGGGUGCCUUGGUGUAUGCGUAGGAAAUGAGGAAAUGAAAUGUUUGCUCUUACAGACUUUUUCCUGCUCUGUGAGAGUCUCUGUAGUUGAUGAUGAUUGUAUAACGCACAUACCUUUAGAUUUUUGAAUCUAACUAUUAGACUGUGAAUUUAAAAAAAAUACUAUUUGAAGUAAAAUUUAUAAUAUUGCUAAUAAUAUUAAUAUUGAUAUUGAUACAAUAUUGGUACUUUGAUAUAUAAUAUAUCAAAAGUGAGUGAGUGUUUUGCUGUGUGUGUGUGUGUGUGUGUGUAUUAGACAUCAGAAAACCCCUGUGGCCUUGUAUUAACUUCUCUGAGGCCUUUAACAGCUUAUGGUUGCAGGCAUCUUUCAUUAAUGUCACUUUUCCUGCCUUCGCUGUCUUCUAAGAUAGCUGUUACAUCCCUUUCACAAGCUAAACCUAUUAACUGAGGUGAGACAAAGUAGAAUAUGUGGAAGAACUCUGUUUCUGAGGUCACCAUUACCAGACAGCAAUGUAAGGGGUGAGAUUCUCAUCAUAGUAUUAUGACUGUCUGACUUUUAUUCAGUGUGAAACUUCUUUAACAAUAUAAACUGCUAUUACUUUCACCUUCAGUGUAUUUGCAUAGUCAAAAACCUGGACAAGUCAUUUAAAUUUCAUUUCAAAAAUACAAAACAUUUCAAUACAUGAGACAUGUUAAAGGGCAUGUUUCUUUAAAUAUGUAUUUAAUGGUACUUACUGUCCAUUUGCUUAUCUUGUACUACUCAGUAGUCAGACUCAAACAUUAUGCAUUAUUUUAAAUGGUUUGAAAGUCAAGAUUUUUGGCUAAAAACGUAGAUCGAAUGUAGCACCUUAAAAUUUGGCUCAUUACACGUAACGUUGAGCUCCUUUUUCAUUUUAUUUCACAGGUGAUAUUAAUGACUAUGCAACCGAGCGUGAUUUAAAUCUGGAACUGUUUAACUCACUGUGCGUUGCUUUUGCAUCAUAUAACCCUAUUAUCACUUGUUCUGCAUCUUCCUGAUAUAAUAGAGUAUAUUUUAUUUAAAAUGAUGAAGGCAGAAUUCAUCAUCACUACACUUUCCUCUAAUGAUUAGUAGAAAUGCACUUUGUCACCUAAUAUAGUAAAAGCAUAAUAAAGUGUUUUAUUAAAAAAAAAAAAAA